AUAGUUGUGUGACGGUGAGUUUCAAGAAAUUAAGCGAAAAUGUCGCUCGAAAUUCCCUUGAUGACCACCGAUGAGGUAAUUGAGCUCGAUCCCGAACAAUUACCUUCCGGAGAUGAGGUGCUUAGUAUCCUCCAACAGGAGCGGUCCCAGCUCAAUGUCUGGAUCAAUGUCGCCCUUGCGUAUUAUAAACAAAAGAAGAUCGAUGAUUUCCUCAAAAUACUGGAGGCGUCCCGAGUGGACGCCAAUAUCGACUACAGGGACUUCGAGAGAGACCAAAUGCGAGCCCUUGACAUGUUGGCAGCAUAUUAUGUACAGGAGGCUAAUAAAGAAAAGUCCAAGGAUAAAAAGAAGGAACUUUUCACAAAAGCCACACUCCUGUAUACUAUGGCUGAUAAGAUCAUCAUGUACGAUCAAAACCAUCUCCUUGGAAGAGCAUACUUCUGCCUUCUUGAGGGCGAUAAAAUGGAACAAGCCGAUGCCCAGUUCAAUUUUGUACUCAAUCAGUCCCCAAAUAAUGUACCUUCAUUGCUGGGCAAAGCGUGUAUUGCCUUCAACAGGAAAGAUUAUAGAGGAGCCCUAGCAUUUUAUAAGAAGGCAUUGAGAACAAAUCCAGAUAGUCCUGCUGCAUUACGUUUGGGAAUGGGACAUUGUUUUAUGAAGUUGAAUAAUCAAGAGAAAGCUAGGAUGGCUUUUGAACGGGCUUUGCAACUAGACCCGCAAUGCGUAGGAGCAUUAGUUGGGCUAUCAAUCCUUAAAUUGAACCUCCAAGAAAAUGAAUCAAAUAAAAUGGCUGUAAUAAUGCUUUCCAAAGCAUAUGCCAUAGAUCCAAAAAAUCCUAUGGUGUUGAAUCAUUUGGCAAACCAUUUCUUCUUUAAAAAGGACUACAGCAAGGUGCAGCAUCUAGCACUCCAUGCGUUCCAUAAUACUGAGAACGAGGCAAUGCGUGCAGAAAGCUGCCACCAUCUGGCUCGCGCCUUUCAUGCUCAAGGGGACUGUGAUCAGGCUUUUCAAUAUUACUAUCAGGCCACGCAAUUUGCCCCACCGAAUUUCGUUUUGCCUCAUUAUGGAUUGGGGCAAAUGUAUAUCUACAGAGGUGAUACUGAGAAUGCAGCACAAUGCUUCGAAAAAGUUCUAAAAGCCCAGCCAGGGAACUACGAAACUAUGAAAAUUUUGGGCUCACUCUAUGCGAACUCACCGUCUCAAUCGAAACGCGAUAUAGCGAGGCAGCACUUGAAGAAGGUGACUGAACAGUUUCCCGAUGAUGUCGAGGCUUGGAUUGAAUUGGCACAAAUAUUGGAACAAAACGACCUUCAGGGUUCUCUGAACGCCUAUAGCACAGCAAUGAAAAUACUCAAGGAAAAAGUAAACGCAGACAUACCAGCAGAAAUAUUGAAUAAUGUAGCAGCAUUGCAUUAUAGACUGGGCAAUCUGAAUGAAGCGAGAACAUAUUUGGAAGAAGCCUUGGAAAGGGAGAAAGCUGACGCGGAAACACUAGAUGCUCAAUACUACAAUUCAAUAGCAGUCACUACGAUGUACAAUCUAGCGCGACUCAAUGAAGCACUCUGCUCGUACAACAAAGCAGAAAAACUUUAUAAGGACAUUCUCAAGGAGCAUCCCAACUAUAUUGAUUGCUAUUUAAGAUUGGGCUGCAUGGCGCGAGAUAAAGGACAGAUUUACGAAGCAUCAGACUGGUUUAAAGAAGCUCUGAAAGUUAACACAGAACACCCUGACACAUGGUCUUUGUUGGGCAACUUGCAUUUGGCCCAACAGGAGUGGGGCCCUGGACAGAAGAAAUUCGAAAGAAUAUUGCAGAACUCAUCCACUUCUACCGAUGCUUACUCUUUGAUUGCCCUCGGCAACGUGUGGCUCCAAACCCUGCACCAGCCAUGUCGCGAAAAAGACCGGGAAAAAAGGCACCAGGAUCGCGCUCUCAUGAUGUAUAAACAAGUAUUAAAAGUGGACCCCAAAAAUAUUUGGGCCGCAAACGGCAUCGGAUGCGUCUUGGCUCAUAAGGGUUGUGUGAACGAGGCUCGCGACAUUUUUGCACAAGUACGUGAAGCUACCGCGGACCUUCCCGAUGUUUGGAUGAACAUAGCUCACAUUUACGUUGAACAAAAACAAUACAUCAACGCUAUACAGAUGUAUGAAAACUGCAUUCGCAAAUUCCGCAUGCAUCACGAUGUAGAAUGGCUGACUUGGUUGGCUCGAGCACACGGGCUGGCCGGACGGCCGCAAGCCGCUCGAGCGACGCUGCUUCGAGCGAGAAGGGUCGCUCCACACGACACUGCGCUGCUAUACAACACGGCUCUGACGCUACGAAGAUUGGCAGCCCAUGUACUUAAGGAUGAGAGAUCUUCGCUGGACGUCGUCUUGAGGGCAGUUCACGAACUUCAAGUGUCGCAUAAGUACUUCCAGCGGCUGGCCACGGCCGAGGGCGGCGAGGGCGCGGAGCGCGCGCGCUACGAGCCGGCCAACGCGCUGGCCGAGGCGCGCCAGUGCGCUGACCUGCUGUCGCAGGCGCAGUGGCACGUGGCGCGCGCGCGCCGCCAGCACGACGAGGAGGUCACGCUGCGCGACCGCCAGCGCGAACAGCGCGAGGCCUUCCGCAGGCAGCAGGAAGAUGAACGUAAACGUCGCGAGGAACAACAUCAAAAAAGCACCGUGGAGAUGCUGCAAAAGCGACAAGAAUACAAAGAGAAAACAAAGAAUGCGUUACUUUUCACCGAAAUGCCGCCAGAAUCGAAGUCUAAAGGUGGAAGGGGCAGGCGACGGGAUGAAUAUAUUUCUGAUUCGGGAAGCGGCAGCGACAGACCCAGAGAAGAGGGCCGUGAGCCGAGGCAGAAGAAAAAAGGCGGCGAGGGCCGCAAAGGCAAAUCGCGUAAGCGCCGCGAGCGCCGCUCCGGCAGCGACAGUGACGGCCCGCCCACCAAGCGCGGGAGGAAGAAGAGAGAAAAAGGUAUCGGACGUCGCGAGAAGGCCAAAGCCAAGGCAGCUGAAGAGAAACUCAGCGCGAAACAACGACUCAAGAUCGUCUCCAAAGAAACGAUCUCCACAUCAGAGUCCGAUUCGGACGCGUCCCGUGGCCGUGCCCGCACCCGCCGCAGCCGCAGCGGCAGCGGGAGUCGUAGCGGCAGCCGCAGUGCCAGCGGCAGUCGUAGUCGCAGCCGCAGCCCUGCUAAAAAAGGGAGGAAACGGAUCAUGUCUGCUUCUGAUAGCGAUAGGUCCCGCUCGAAAUCUAAAAGCCGUAGCCGUUCACGCUCCCGUUCAAGAUCGAAGAGUGGAUCUAGAUCGAAGAGCCGAUCUCGUUCGAAGAGCCGAUCCCGGUCAAAGAGCCGAUCCCGAUCGAAAAGCCGUUCCCGAUCGAAGAGCCGUUCAAGGUCAAAAAGUGGAUCGCGAUCCCAGAGUCGAUCGAGAUCUAAAAGCCGAUCCAAGUCAAAGUCCAAAAGCCGAUCGCGUUCCAAGAGCGCUUCGCGAUCGAAAAGCCGAUCUAGGUCAAAGAGCAAGUCGAGAUCCAAGUCCCGUUCCCGAUCAAAGAGCGUGUCCCGUUCAAGAUCCCGGUCCCGCAGCGGUUCCGGGUCCCGAUCCGGAUCCGGGUCCCGGCAUUCGCGACCAGACACUCCUGUUUCACGGAAAUCUGUCUCAGCCAGUGAAGACGAAAAUUAGAUUUAUAAUCAGAUUUCAAUAUACCCUGGCUGCAUGUAUAAUUAUAGU